CCUGUGCUGCAGAGUCAGCUGUAGGGUGUGUUUUCGGCAUCCUCUGAGGAAGUGGGCAGUGCCUUCAUCCACCUGUGAAGGAAAGCCUGCGAAUGCCUGCUCAACAUGUCCACCGUCAAGGAGCAGCUAAUUCAGAACCUAGUUCCGGAAGAAAAACUUUCCCGGUGUAAGAUCACUGUGGUCGGAGUUGGAAAUGUGGGAAUGGCAUGUGCUAUUAGUAUUUUACUGAAAGGUUUGGCUGAUGAACUUGCCCUUGUUGAUGCUGAUGGAGACAAACUGAAGGGAGAGGCACUGGAUCUUCUGCAUGGCAGUCUUUUCCUUAGCACUCCAAAAAUCGUCUAUGGAAAAGACUACAAUGUAUCUGCCAACUCCAAACUGGUUAUUAUCACAGCUGGUGCAAGAAUGGUGCCUGGAGAAACUCGCCUUGAGCUGCUCCAACGUAAUGUCGCUAUCAUGAAAGCCAUUGUUCCCGGCGUAGUCCAACACAGUCCGGAUUGUAAAAUAAUCAUUGUGACAAACCCAGUGGAUAUUUUGACAUACGUGGUUUGGAAGGUGAGCGGCUUUCCUGUAAACCGUGUGAUUGGAAGUGGCUGUAACCUAGACUCCGCUCGGUUCCGUUACCUGAUCGGGGAGAAGCUGGGUGUCAAUCCUACAAGCUGCCAUGGCUGGGUUCUCGGAGAACAUGGGGACUCCAGUGUGCCCAUAUGGAGUGGUGUGAACAUUGCUGGUGUAACUCUGAAGUCACUGAACCCAGCAAUAGGAACUGACUCAGAUAAGGAACAGUGGAAAAACAUUCACAAGCAGGUGGUGGAAGGCGGCUAUGAGGUCCUUAACCUGAAGGGCUAUACCUCUUGGGCUAUUGGGCUGUCUGUGACUGAUCUGUCGAGAUCAAUCUUGAAGAAUCUUAAGAGGGUGCAUCCUGUCACCACACUGGUUAAGGGCUACUUUGGGAUAAAUGAAGAAGUCUUCCUCAGUAUCCCUUGUGUCUUGGGACAAAGUGGCAUCACAGACAUUGUGAAAGCUAACUUGAACCCCGAUGAGGAGAGUCUUCUCAAGAAGAGUGCGGACAUACUCUGGAACUUGCAGAAGGGUCUGCAGUUAUAAAAUCUCCACCUGCAACUGUUUAACAGAUGUGUGUUCACAGCAUUGAUCAUAGCAUUCCCAUUGCAAGUGUUUCCACAUCAUAAAAAAGUUCAAUAAAAUUUUGGAAACCUGUAACACCAGUCUCAAGGUUAGAAAGAUUAAUGCCAAAGGCAUCUCCCCCCCCCUUUUUUUUUUUGAGACAGGGUCUCCCUAAAUAGCCUUGGCUGACCUCAGAAACAGAAAUCUCCUAGCCCCCCAGUGCUGGAUUAAAGGCAGGCACCACCAGGGUCAGCUAA